CCCAGCAUUCCCGACUCCCCGUUUCCGGCCCACCUCCGGGCCCCCCCCCCCACACUCCCCCAGAGCUGCCGGCGCCUGCGGCAGCGGCAAGAUGGCGGACGGCGACGGCUUUGGGGAAGCCGCGGCGGCUGCGGCCUUUUUUCCUGCCUCUGCCCACGGCCUGGGCCCGCCGCUGGGCUGGAAAGAGCGGCUGCGGGCCGGGCUGGCGGGAUCUGGGGGCUUUUUGUGGUUCGUGGCGGGGCUGGGGCUGCUUUACGCUCUGAGGGUCCCGUUGAGGCUGUGUGACCACUUGACAGCGGUGACAGGAUUUUUAAAUUCAUUGACACCGAAAUUCUAUGUGGCACUUACAGGAACAUCUUCUUUGAUAUCAGGACUAAUAUUUAUAUUUGAAUGGUGGUACUUCCAUAAACAUGGCACAUCUUUUAUUGAGCAAGUAUCAAUAAGCCAUUUGCGACCACUGAUGGGAGGCACAGAAAGCAGCAUUUCAGAGCCAGGUGCCCCUUCUAGCAAUAGAGAAGGUGAAAACAGCAGACAGAACUUCUCAGAAUGCAAGGUAUGGAGAAAUCCUCUAAACCUAUUCAGAGGAGCAGAAUAUAGGAGAUACACUUGGGUGACUGGUAAAGAGCCACUUACCUACUAUGAUAUGAACUUGUCAGCACAGGACCAUCAGACAUUUUUCACUUGUGAUACUGAUUUUUUACGUCCUUCAGACACAGUUAUGCAGAAGGCAUGGAGGGAAAGAAAUCCUCCAGCUCGCAUCAAAGCAGCCUAUCAAGCUUUAGAAUUAAACAAUGAUUGUGCCACUGCAUAUGUUCUACUGGCUGAGGAAGAAGCAACAACUAUUGUAGAUGCUGAAAGGUUAUUUAAACAGGCCCUCAAAGCAGGAGAAACAAUUUAUAGGCGAUCUCAACAAUGCCAGCACCAAAGUCCUCAACAUGAAGCUCAACUGAGGAGAGAUACCAAUGUGCUGGUAUAUAUUAAAAGAAGAUUGGCAAUGUGUGCAAGAAAAUUAGGAAGAAUAAAAGAAGCAGUGAAAAUAAUGAGAGAUUUGAUGAAAGAAUUUCCUCCUUUUACCAUGUUGAACAUCCAUGAAAAUCUCUUAGAAUCACUUUUAGAGUUACAGGCCUAUGCAGAUGUUCAGGCAGUACUAGCAAAAUAUGAUGAUAUAAGCCUUCCAAAGUCAGCAGCAAUCUGUUAUACAGCAGCACUAUUAAAAACAAGGACUGUCUCAGAUAAAUUCUCUCCAGAAACAGCCUGCAGAAGAGGAUUAAGCACAGCAGAAAUCAAUGCUGUGGAAGCAAUUCAUAGAGCUGUGGAAUUUAAUCCUCAUGUUCCAAAAUAUUUACUAGAGAUGAAAAGUUUAAUUUUACCUCCAGAACACAUUCUGAAACGAGGUGAUAGUGAAGCAAUUGCCUAUGCAUUCUUCCAUCUUCAGCACUGGAAACGGAUAGAAGGUGCUCUUAAUCUGUUGCAGUGUACAUGGGAAGGCACUUUUAGAAUGAUUCCAUACCCAUUAGAGAAAGGACAUCUAUUUUACCCUUAUCCCAGCUGCACAGAGACUGCUGAUAGAGAGCUAUUACCUACCUUUCAUCAUGUUUCUGUUUAUCCAAAGAAGGAGCUUCCUUUUUUCAUCCAUUUUACAGCAGGACUGUGUUCUUCUACAGCAAUGAUAGCCUUUCUCACCCACCAGUUUCCAGAAAUCAUGGGUGUUUUUGCUAAAGCUAUUUGAACUACUUUCCCAUUUCCUGAUCCAGGAAAUAUUUGAGGGCUGGUAUGAAAGAGGGUAUCCCUGGCUAUUUAUCCUCUAUAUACAUUUAUUAAUUAACAUCACUGAUUCAAGAUAAAAUUACCAAAGAAGAUUUCCUUUAAAUCUCCAAGUCUUUUUAAAAAAUGCAUCAUUCUUGUACAUCUUUAUCAGGUAAUAAGAGUUAAAACCCAAAAGAAAAUGCUGCUUCACUAUAUUCACAAAUAAAAGAAAUUAUGCAAUGAGAACCAUAGAAAAACUAGUCCUUACUUGGUAAUGUAUUUUCUAUAUUUUUCUCUGUAUGUCUCCAUUUUAAUUCCCUAUUGUCCUCACAAUUUCUUUUCCUGCCUUAAGAAUAGUUUAUUUUGUGCCUUACAAGUUAGCUGGCUUUCUUCUGACACCAGUGGUAAGAGCACUGGUUUUCCUUUUUCCCUGAAGAUCAACUGUAUAAUGUGUUAAGUUACCUCUAGCUGUAGGCCUAAGAGUCUGAAUAUACAUUUGAUUCUGGGUCAGGAUUCAAGAAGAAUGACUUCUCAAUGUUGUUCAUGGAGUAUAGACACUUGGAUUGGAAACUGACUAUUCUACUUUGUUUUAGUAUGAAAAGGAAACUUAGAGACUAUAUCACAAUUCUGUUACCUGCAGUAGUACUGACUGCAAAGUAAAUGUAUAUCUCAAGUGAAAUGCCGUCACUGUAUAGGGAAAAAAUGGACUAGAGAGAGAAAAAUUUCAUCCAUUUAACAGCUGAGGAAAAUGUACAACUGUGUAUUUAAAAGAUAUGAACAAACAAAUGAGUGAGGUGACUCUUGGAUUUUUCUCAAGGUAGUAGAAUGGGAAGGAAAAGAAAUAGAGCAAAGAGAGAGAUCUAGAAUCUGGAAUGGAUGUGUAGCAGCUAUUAGUUGUAUAUUUCUUUGAGUACUGGCUAACUUAAUGUGGUUAUGUACUCAAUAUAUGCUCUGUCCACCAGUGUCAGUACAUAGCCAUUUCAUUUACCAGAGAAGUCACUAAUGGCACUGAAAAGCCUUUGAGAUGGCCUAAGUUCCUUAGCACUCUAUAGGAGACUCUUGAGAAUGAAAAAUUACAUAUUUUACAGAAUAUUCUUCCUUUUCAGAUUAAAUUGAUAUACUGUGAUUCUGAUUAAUGAACAAUAAACAUUUAUUCACUUUUUGUAUAAUUGAUGAUAUAUGAUAUUAAAA